GUACGGAUUGCAAUUGCAUCAUGAAAUAUUCUUGCCUAGAAAGUAACAGAAUUUUCAACUUCCUUAGGGAUAAGAUUAACAUGAUUUUCCUUGUUCACAUAUACUCACAGUCGUCAUGAAAGUGAAAGCUUCAAGAGAGUUGACUUCAACAAUUUCCUCGAGAAACUACAUAGAAAGAAAGAAAAGAAAAGAAAAGGAAAUUGAUCCUGGUUGAAUAUACUUACCAAUAUGUUCGACAGAGCUUCCUUCUCCGAUUUGAGUGUCAUUUUACAGUGUAAAACAUUGGUGGAUAGGAUCGAAAGCAAAGAAAAGAAAAUGCCUGAUAAUUGUUGAAUUUCAAUCUCCAUAUCUAGAUUUUUUGCUUUGAUUGGUUACUUCAUCUGCACUGUCAGGAAAAUACAUAGACAGCUAAUAAAGUAUUAAAAUAUAUAAGUGAAACACAAAUAGAUAACCUUUGCCGAUGGAGCAGAGUAAGUAUCUUUACAUUCGCAAGCAAUGAAGUCAUCCCAGUCGGUAAUAAAGAUAUCACGAUCAAUACAAUAUAUAAACCUGCAGAAAGAAACUAUACAAGUGGACUGUCAGCAGGGAAACUACAGAGUUUAGCAGUAAGAGAGAAUCCGGCAUUCCCUCAAGUCUAGACCAAGUGGACGCUAGCCUUAGAAUUCUCUUAAUGAUCUCCUGUCUCAAAACUCCAUCUUGAAUCACAUACCAUAGAACGAAAAGCUAACAAUAACGAAGCUACGUGCAUAAUAGUUUCAGAAGAUCAUUAGGGAAAAUGGCCGAAGCUGCAGUGAAUUUUCUACUCAACAAGCUUACUUCCGUGCUUGAAGAUGAGGUGCAUCUCCUGAAGGGGGUCCGCGAGGAAGUUGUGUACAUCAGAGAUGAAUUUGAUCAUAUGAAGUCUUUUCUAAGAGUUGCAGAUGCAAAAGAAGAGACCGACCUCGCCCUAAAAGUGUGGAUAAGGCAAGUUAGAGACGUUGCCUAUGACAUCGAAGAUGUUCUUGAUGAAUACAGGGUUCGGCUACCACAUAACUGUAGCAAUGGAUUCGUUGCUUUUCCUCAAAGGAGUUUUUCCUCUCUUGCGCAUUUUAAUGUUCGCAACCAAAUCGCUUCAGAAAUCAAAGGGAUCAACUCUAGAAUCAGCAGAAUAGCUGAGGCGUACCAGAGAUACAGAAGCACAUAUCAGGUGAUAGAGCAAGACUCGAACUCCACAAGCAUAACACUGCUGGAUGGUCAAGGAGAAGCCCUUCUACUUGAAGAAGCUGAUCUAGUGGGGAUUGACAGGCCUAAACAGCAACUGGUUGAGUGGCUAGUCACUGGCAAAUUUGAAUGCGAAGUGGUUUCAGUGGUAGGCAUGGGAGGUUUAGGGAAGACCACCUUGGUGAAAAAGGUAUAUGAUGAUGUGAAUGUAAAGAAAUGCUUCACAAUCCGAACAUGGGCUACUGUUUCUCAAUCUUUCAAGACAAAGGACCUUCUCAAAGACAUACUCCAACAACUAUACAACGCAUUGAGGAAACUAGUUCCUGAGGAAGUCAACAGCAUGAACUAUGAUCAGCUACGACUAAAAAUCAAGAAAAUCCUAAACGAUAGGAAAUACCUGAUUGUUUUAGAUGAUGUGUGGGGCUUCGACGCCUGGAAUGCUGUCAGAUAUGCAUUGCCCAAUAAUUAUCUUGGCAGCCGAGUACUACUCACCACUCGUGAUUCUGAAGUUGCCACUACUGCAUGCACAGAAUUCCCCGGUAACAUCUAUUAUUUGAAUCCAUUAUCACAGGAAGAGUCUAGUGCUUUAUUUUGCAAGAAGAUCUUUAAGAACGACUCUUGCCCUCCACAUCUAGAGAAAAUUUCAGAUGAAAUUCUCAGAAAAUGUGAAGGACUGCCACUAGCCAUAGUUGCAGUUAGUGGUGUCCUGGUGACGAAGGACAAGAAUAUAGAUGAAUGGGAGAUGGUUCGACGUGGUCUUGGUGCUGAACUACAAGAGAAUGACAAGCUUAAGAAUUUGAAGAAAAUAUUGUCACACAGUUACCAUGACUUGCCUUAUUAUCUUAAAUCUUGUCUUUUGUACUUCAGCAUCUUUCCAGAGGGGCUUCAGAUCGAGCAAAUGAGAUUGAUUCCAUUGUGGAUAGCAGAAGGCUUUGUGGAAGAGAAGGAAGGACACACAUUAGAAGAAGUUGCGGAAGGCUACUUCAAGAAGCUCUUGAACAGAAGCUUAAUCCAAGUGGCUGAGACAACUAGUGAUGGAAAGGUCAAAACAUGCCGCAUCCAUGAUUUGCUGAGGGAGAUUAUUGUUUCCAAGGCUAGAGCACGGAAUUUUGCCGCAAUCGCGAAGGAGCAAAACAUGUCUUGGCCAGAAGAAGUACGGCGUAUAUCAGUGCAUAACACCUUGCAAAGUGCACAUCAUAGCCUGGUUGUGCCAAAACUCCGUUCACUGUUCAUGUUUUGGGGCAUGGAUUCUGUAAAUGAAUCUUCAAAACUUAUAUUUCCUUCUGGUCACUCACCGCUGCUUAACGUGUUAGACCUGCAAGAUGCACCCUUCAAGCAAUUCCCAAAACAGGUAAGCAACCUCUACCUUUUAAAGUAUCUAAGCUUGAGGAAUACCAAAUUAAAAAAUAUUCCAAGCUCUAUCAGGAAGCUCAGAUACCUUGAGACAUUGGACCUUAAACAAACUCAUGUCAGUAAAUUGCCGGUUGACAUUCUUGAGCUCAAAAGGCUCCGCCACCUCUUGGUUUAUCGUUAUGAAAAGGAGCCCAAUUCUAAUAAUCAAUUUAAAUAUGGUUUCAAGGCCAUGAAAAGAAUAGGAUGUCUACAGUCCUUACAAAAGCUCUGUUUCAUAGAGUCAUAUCAGUAUGGCAACCAUAUAAUGGAAGAACUUGGCCGGCUCCGACAACUGAGAAGAUUGGGCGUCAUAAAGUUCAGAACAAGAGAUGGGAAGGCGCUAUGUUCUUCCAUUGAGAAGCUGAAGAACCUUCGAGCCUUUUCUCUGACUGUAGUAAACAAAAAUGAGAUCAUUGAUAUGCAAUACUUGACUUGCCCUCCUAAGUUUCUUCAACGGCUAUACUUGAGAGGACGUUUAGAGAAGCUCCCCAACUGGAUAUCUUCACUUCAAGGUUUGGCCAAGCUAUGUUUAAGGUGGAGCCGAUUAACUGGUGAUCCGCUCUUUCCUCUCCAUCAUUUACCAAAUCUGGCGCACCUUGAAUUCAUUCAAGCUUUUGAAGGAGAGAGCCUGCUUUUUAAGGAAGGAGGGUUUCAAAGGCUUAAGUUUCUGGGUCUAAAUAAGUUAGAGCAACUGAAAACGGUAGCCGUGGAAAAGGGAGCACUGUCUUGUCUUGAAAAGCUAAUCGUUGAGGACUGUGGAUUACAGCAGGUUCCAUCAGGCAUUGAAAAUCUAACCAUGCUUAAAUUACUGGAGUUUCUAAAGAUGCCUAGCAAUUUCAUAUCGUCACCUCAUCUUUUUGGUGGUGAAGAUAAUUGGAAGGAUUCACACAUGCCAGAGGUUUACUUCACUCAUUGUGAAGAUGGCAUUACGGAUGAUGUCUACUCCUUAGAGAGUUUCAUAAAGGGAGAAAACUUCCUCAGGCUCGACACUGGAAUAAAGAGACAAAAGCAUAAAUGGAAGUUCUAAAUAGGUUUAAAGAUUCACUGUAAAUAAACAAAUAAUGGGCUUACAGCUAUUUGUAUAUUUUGCUUUCUGCAUGUGUAUUAUCCUUCAUCACUGUAAAUAAGAAAUCUACUGUAAUUUA